GAGGCGGGGCCGUAUUGUGGUGCGCACUAAAAAUAUAAAUUCUAGCUCUACCUCUGCUAAUGAAUCCGAGCUCCCGUGCGCCUCUCCAGAGGCAGUUGGCCGUAGAGAUAUCCACCAGAUGUGUCCUUCUUAUCAUUCUUUAUGGACUAGAGUUCGCUCGCCCGUUUCAACGUGUUAUAAAAGAAGAGGAGCUCUGGUUAUACAAGAACCCGCUAGUUCCCGAGAGACUGCCCGUGACCCUCUUACUGACAGUGGGGAUUGGUGUGCCAGUGGCGUUCGUGUUCCUCCACUACCUCACCACUGGAGACAGACUGGACCUGGUUCAUGCCCUGCUAACAAUUUCCCUUACGGUCCUCCUGACUGGGAUUAUCACUGACCUCAUAAAGGUCUCAGUGGGAAGGUGGUUCAUUUUGGACGCCUCUAACGGAAGUGUGUGUCGAUCUUACUCCUCGCAGACCACGGCCGGAUUUCUACUACCGUUGUUUCCCGGACGGUCAGGUGUCGUCUGACUUGGUUUGUCUCGGUGAGGCAGAUGUGGUCGAGAAAGGAAGGAAAAGCUUUCCCAGUGGCCACUCCGCAUGGGCAUUUAGCUGCGGUGGAUUCCUGAGCCUCUACCUGAGUGGGAAACUGCAUCUGUUUGGUCCGCAGGGGAGGGGGCAGGCCUGGCGUCUCUGUGCGUUCCUCACUCCCCUCCUGACGUCCUGUGUUGCAUCCCUCACCAGACUCCAGGACCACAAACACCACUGGGAAGAUGUGGUGGCUGGUUGCGUAAUAGGUGUGGUGGUGAGUCUACUAUGCUACCUGCAGUACUACCCCAGUCCCCUUAGUCCUCACUGUGACUCUCCACUCACUAACAAUGGUGCCUACCACUUGGCCCUAUGGACUCCACACACCAGGAAGAAAUACUACGCAACUCCGCCUGCUCUAAACGCCGUGUAGAGCAGAAACCUUUCAUCUAUAUAUCCUCCUGGUUUAUGACAUGAUUAUAAAGAAUAUUCAAGACACGGAGAAAGUUUCUGCACUUGUUCUGGCUGAGCCGCGUCAAGCUUAAGAAUGCCACGCCUCACAGUUUUCCAGUCAAGGGAGAGGGAAGGGAGUAUGUUGUGGACGAUGUGGCAGUGGUCUCACUCAUCGCCGUUCAGAUUCUGGAGCUGUGCCUGCAGCACUGAUGUCUGCUCCACACUGCACAAAACAGGGAAGUGUGCAGUUCACUAGAGUAUAGAGUGGAAACUAAUACUACAUACCUUCUUCCAACUUCAUGGGCUCUGCAAGAAAAACAGUAGUGAAGGAAUGAAAGUUUGAAAUAUCAGGCCUACUGGUCCAGAGAUCUCUCCACAAGUUUUUCGAUAUGUCGAAGAUUCUGAGGAGGACAAUGUGAUAGGUGCAACACUUUUCACUGGUCGACAGCUCACGUUCAGAGUAUUUUCCAUCGUUCCUUCCUGGGCUGCCAUUCUCUUGGCAGCCUUGAGCAACACCUGAGUAAAAGAGCCGUCGUAGCUACCGGGCAGAACAGUCAUUAUGUCUCUUACCUCUCUAGAUCCCGAGCGCUGGCACAAACUCCUGAACAGCUUGCCGCUCUCUGAUACGUUCUGCUCAAUGAGUUGAGUCAGUCUCGCCUUCGUAGCGUUGCUGGGCUGUUUCCCUGGACCGCCCUCCCCCGACGUGCUAAACAAAUCCGCCAUUUUGUUUCGCUACGGACGGGGUCAAAGUGCCUGCAAAAAUUAGACGCUGCGAAAAAGGUAAAGAUGUCGUCGACAGUGGCCGCUCAGAAGUUAACCAGGGAAGACUGGCGGAAGAAGAAGGAACUAGAGGAGGCCAGAAAGGCCGGUACGGCGCCGGCAGAGGUCGACGAAGAGGGGAGAGACAUCAACCCGCACAUACCGCAGUACAUCAGUCAGGCGCCGUGGUAUGUGAGCCUGGGUCGGCCAAGUCUGACACAUCAGAGGCCCCAGGAGGAGAAGCAGAGACAAUUCAGUACCAUCAGCGAGUGGUACAAGAAGGGUGUGAAGGAGGGACCCAAAGCCACCAAGUUCAGAGAUGGAGCCUGUGAGAACUGUGGCUCCAUGACACACAAGAAGAAAGACUGUUUGGAGAGACCACGCAAGACUGGAGCCAAGUACACGGGGAAGGAUAUCGCCCCAGAUGAGCAUGUACAACCUCAGCUCUCCUUUGACUGGGACGCAAAGAGGGACCGAUGGAACGGGUACAAUCCAGACAGCCACAAGGAGGUGGUGGAGGAGUACAAGAAGAUAGAGAUGGCCAAGAGGAAGCUGAAGGAGGAGAUGUUGGAGGGGGUUCUGUCGGGGAAACUACCAGAGUCGGCCAUCGUCAAGGAGGACAGUGACGACAGUGAGGAUGAGGAGAAAUACGCCGACCAGGCAGACAUGUGGGGACAGAAGUUUGACUCCAAGACUCGGACCACCGUCAGGAACCUGAGGAUCCGCGAGGACACCGCCAAGUACCUCUUCAACCUGGACAUCAACUCGGCCUACUACGACCCCAAGACACGCUCCAUGCGAGAAAACCCGUUCAAUUCCAACGCAGGACCUGACACCGCCAAGUACCCUGGGGAGAACUUUGUCCGACACACUGGCGACAUCAAGAAGUUUGCUCAUGCACAGAUGUUUGCAUGGGAGGCAUAUGAGCAUGGCUCUGACAUCCACCCCCUGGCUGACCCCACAAAGCUGGAGCUCAUGCACAGUGAGUUCAAGAACAAGAAGGAGAACUUCAAGGGAGAGCAAAAGAAGAGUAUCCUCGAGAGGUACGGAGGGGAGGAGCACCUGGAUGCCCCUCCCAAGGCACUACUUCUAGCACAGACGGAGGAGUAUGUUGAGUAUUCUCGACUGGGGAACGUGGUGAGAGGCCAGGAGAAGGCAGUGGCCAAGUCAAAGUACGAUGAGGACGUGUACGUCAACAACCACGCCUCGGUGUGGGGAUCCUUCUGGCGAGAGGGACAGUGGGGCUACGCCUGCUGCCACUCCCUCGUCAAACUCUCCUACUGCACUGGAGAGACCGGGAAACUGGCACAACUGUCUUCUCAGUUUACGGUGGUGUCAGAGAGUAAGGGGGAGAGGGACGAAGAAGAAGAAGGUGAGGGGGAAGAAGAGGCUCAGAUGUCUCUGUUGGAGCAGCACAAGGCCAAACUGGAGGCCAGUGGGAAGAAGAAGAAGAAGGAGAAGGGGAAAGAGAGAGACGAGCAGGAGGCAGAGAAAGCUGCAGUGAGAGAAGAGAAGAUCAGAAAGGCAAUGGUUGAGCAGGAGCGAAAAGAGAAGGAGGUGGAUGCAAUGAUGACCAUUGAAGAGAGGAAACGCCCCUAUCACUCCAUGCGGGCUGAAUCUGGACGCGAGCCGACAGAAGAAGAAAUGGAGGCUUUCCGACUGAAGAGAAGAAGAGCUGAUGACCCCAUGGCUAAAUUCCUCAAAUAACUCUCUCAAUUUAACCCCACACCCCGGUUGUUCUGUCACCCGAUUAUGUCAUGAACUUUUUGCUUUAUAUGUGCUAAAAUACCAUUGGACGUAUUUGCCUGGCAGGA